AUGGCGGAACAGCUUUUGGACCAGGUCCGCGAUCUCGCCGAGGGCCAGAUUGACUUUGAGGGGCAGAAGCUGGCCGACACUCUCGCGACGGUCAUGUUGAGCGUCGCUGGGGCCCUCUCUCUCUUGAUCGGAUACUUCCUCCAGGACAUCAAGCUCGCCGUCUAUAUCGGUCUCGGAGGAACCGCCCUGACCUUCGUCGUCGUCGUGCCCCCGUGGCCCUUUUUCAACCGCCACCCUGUCAAAUGGCUCCCUAUUGGCGGAGGAUCGACAUCAGUGGCAACACCACAGAACAUCGUCAUAGAUGAGAAGGCACUGCUGAGGUGA